AUGGUCAAGAGAUUUCGGUUGCUAGGGGGUUCUGAAACAUCUGGUCAUGCUCAUAGUAAUAAGCAAAUGUGGGGAGUUCUCAUCAUUGCCAUCAUAGCAGUCUUAGUGGGAUCCUCGUUGUUCUUCUUUUGCAGAAGAAAGCUUAGCCGAAGAUGGAGCCGUAAAGGAGGUCUGAAAGCUGAGAAAUUAAGGUUGAGGCGUUUCCAGCUGGAGGAGCUGGAGAAGGCUACCAGGAAUUUCAGUGCAGACUGUUUGUUGGGGUCUGGUGCGUUCGGGAAUGUCUACAAAGGAAUCUUUGAGGCUGAAGAAGUGAGGCUUCUUUCGACAGUCAAUCAUCCAAAUCUCAUAGGUUUGGUGGGGUUUUGUGAAGAACCUGGACCAAAAGGUGCAAAAGUAUUGGUUUAUGAAUACGUACCACAUGGUUCAUUACUUGAGUACAUCAUGGGUAAGUUCCCACUUGUUUCAUGUCACAAAAACANAAAGCAUGGGUAG